AUGGAGGAGACUAGAGCAAAUACCAAAAACACCAAUGCUUCUAUUAGGAACUUGGAGAAUCAAAUUGGCCAACUGGCUAAGCAAUUUGCAGAAAGAGCUCCAGGUACCUUCCCUAGCAAUACAGUUACCAACCCCAAGGAAGAUUGUAUGGAUGUCACAACUAGAAGUGGUAAGGUGGUAGCAGCUCCAGAAAAGCCAAGCACAAAUGUAGAAGCUGAUGAGAAGCUUAAGGAGGUCAAUGAGACAGAAAAAGAAGUGAUAAUUCCUUCUGAUGUUGAGAAAACUGUUCAGAAAGGUGAAGAAGAAGAGCCACCUAUAGUUGCUGAAAGGAAGAAAUUUGAGUUGAAUCCGGAAUAUGUGAGAGCCAUGGCACCUUAUUUAGAACGAUUCAAGAAGCAUGCUCAAAAGCAGCAAUAUGCAAGAUUUCUUGAUAUCUUCAAGAAGUUGCAUGAAUGCCAGACAGUCACACUCACUGAGGAGUGUAGUGCCAUCAUACAGAAGAAGUUUCCACCCAAACUCAAUGAUCCAGGUAGCUUCAAUAUUCGCAUUGCUAUUGGUAAUACUGAUGUUGGCAGGGCAUUGUGUGAUCUUGGGGCAAGCAUUAACCUGAUGUCGUUAUCUGUUUGCAAAUCUUUGGGAAUUACUGAAUUAAAACCCACUAUGGUUUCACUUCAACUCGCUGAUAGAUCUUUGAGGAGACCGAGUGGAAUUAUUGAAGAUGUUCUUGUUAAAGUGGACAAGUUCAUCUUCCCAGCAGAUUUUGUAGUGUUAGACAUGGAAGAGGGUACUGAAAUGCCCCUAUUAUUGGGAAGGCCCUUCUUGGCUACUGCUCGAGCCAUGAUUGAUGUUGAGAAUGGCAGGCUAGAGUUGAGGAUGAAUGAUGAGACCAUCACCAUCAACAUCUUUGACUCCAUGAAACAAUCUUCUGAUAAAGGUGAUUGUUUUCGUCUUGAUAUUCUAGAGCAAGUAGUGGAAGAAGAGGUAUUUUCCAGUCAACAAUCUGAGGAAGAACUUGAAAUGCAUGAAUUAGUUCCUUUGAAGGAAGAAAAGGUUGAGUUAUUUGAAGUCCUUGAAACGAAAGAUUUUGACAAGGAAGAUGGUACACCAAAGGUAGAGUUGAAGGAGCUUCUAGAAACUCUCAAGUAUAUCUUCUUGGGUGAGAAUGAGACUUACCCUGUUAUCAUCAACAAGGGAUUGUCUUCUGAACAACAGAUGAAACUGGUUGAGGUGUUGAAAGAACCAUCAGACUGCUAUAGGAUGGUCAAUUUCUGA